UCACGCUGCAUUGUUGCAUAGUGGUACUUUUUAGUAAAACCAAAACUUGAUUAAGAUUAGUCAAGCAGUAUGUUGAUGCAUUGUGUAUAAACAUACAUGAUAGAACAAUCACAGGGAGUUGAUCCAGUUGUAUUUUUCACGCUAUUUUCGUCAACUGUGAGAUGAGCAUAUGUGUUCAUUUACAACAUACGAGUUAAAGUUCAAUUGAAAAGUUAAGUGCAUAAAGCUCGAUGCAUAAACACUUCUUGAACGACAUCCAGUGAACUGUGAGAUGAGGAAGUAGCGGACUCUUCUAUGAACACGAAAUGACUCACGGUGUGUUCCUCAAAGUUUGUUUAUUACACCGUUUGUAACGCAGUUUUGACGCGAAGUGAAAAGUGAUUUGGAUUGUUUUGCGCGCGACAUCAUUUCAAACUCCUGCACAAGACUGGCUCAUACCCAUCCCAAAGCUCCACCCUCAUCGCUAUGCCAACAUCUGCACCAAUCAGAUUACGCGUAUUCUCUCUCAACUGCUGGGGGAUCAGAUUCCUCAGUAAGCACUGCGUAGAGCGUUUCGUUUUGAUCGGAGAUCUGCUGAAUAAAGAGGAGCUUGAUAUCGCAUUACUGCAAGAGGUAUGGUGUGAGAAAGACUUUCUCUUUCUAAAGAAGAAGCUUGGCAUUGUUUAUCCAUAUUCACAUUAUUUUAAAAGUGGAUUUAUAGGGAGCGGUCUGGUCGUAUUCUCCAAACACAGAAUUCAUGAAGCUUUCCUGUACAGAUACUCAUUAAAUGGCUAUCCUUACAUGGCCCAACACGGAGACUGGUUCGGUGGCAAGGCCGUCGGCAAGAUCUUGAUCACUGUCAGUGGGCUGACAGUUCAUGUCUUUGUCACUCAUUUGCAUGCAGAGUACUGCCGAGAGAGAGACUCGUAUCUGCCGCACAGAGCUGUGCAGGCAUGGGAGCUACAACAGUUCAUAAGGCAUACUAGUGCUGGAGCAGAUGUGGUGAUCCUGGGCGGAGAUUUAAACAUGCAUCCGGACGAUCUCGGUACCAGACUGUUGCGGAACUUCACGGGACUAAAGGAUUGUUUCAUUGAGGCUGCCAGCUUUGAUGGAUGCGAGGGGGGAAACACACACAUAACUGAGAACCCUUUUACAAAUACGGAGGAACUCAUUCCAUAUGGGGGAGGAAUUCGGAUAGACUACAUAUUGUUUAAGGGAUCUGGACAAGCAGAUGUGAGUUGUGAGUCUUUGUCCACCACCAAGGGUCCUGUUUCUGGGCAACCCUUCCCUUUCUCGGACCAUGAGGCUCUUACUGCCGAAUUCCUGCUUACUCCCACUAAAAAGGGUCAUGGAUGCUCAGAGAGAGAAUUUGGCUGUGCCGAAGAUAAGCUUCCCGAGCUGGUAAAUACAGUAAAUGAAGCUCGUACUGAACUGAAGGUGGGUCUACACUGUGCUGAGAGCAUGCGCCACACUGCGGCUCGUAUAGGCAUCAUGGGUCUGGUCUUGUUACUGCUUGAGCUAGCCAUCGCUGCUGUGCCCAUAUUUGCUCUGGGAGCUGAACAGCCAUUCCCUAAAGCCUCCUUUUACCUGUUGGGGGCGCUGUGCUUUGCUAUCCUACUCUGUACAUUGCUGCUGUACAUCUUCUACAGCAUUGAAUUGAAGGCAUUGCAUGGAGCCGAGGACCAGAUGAGGUUGUCAUUGGGUAGCCUUCAGGAAAGUCUUAAGGUGUCCCCCAAGGUUCUGUCCUCGGACCUUUUUCGAAGUCCACUAGAUGUUCAGGAUCCUGCUACUUUGGAGCCAGAUAACUAAACGCAAUGUUGUGUUUGGAUGGAAUGCUAUAAGAUGGAAAUUGCAAGAUGGAAGACACUAUUUUAGGAUGUCUUAACUGAAAGCCACUCCAGUUUUAUUACUUAUGCAUCUUUCGUGUCCUGUUUAAGGGCUUUUGGUUUGACCAGACAAAACUACUCUACUGUUCAAAUGUUUGGAAUCACUAGGAAUUUCUAUUCACCAAAAAUGCUAAAAAGCGGAUUAUAAAUAUCUUUACUGUAAUUUUUGAUGUGACAAAUAUCUAUUUAACAAAUGCUGUAUUUUUAGAAAACUGUCUGUUAAUUACAUCAGCAACUUAAAGAAGACAUUGCAUUGCGAUUAGCACCGUGUUAAAAGUAUAUUCAAGGUUCAAUACAGUUUAGCUCAGUCAACAGUAUUUGUGGCAUAAUGUUGAUUACCCCAAAAGAUUAUUUUGAAUCAUCCCUCCUUAAAAAAAUAAAUAAAAAGCAAAAAUCAAGGUUACAAUGAGGCACUUGCAAUGGAAGUGAUUGGGGCCAAUUUUUUGUCAAUAAUUUUCAUUCAUUCUUCUGUUAAAACUUGUGUAUUAUUUGAGCUGUGAAGUUGUUAAAAUCAUCGUUUUUAUGGUUGUUUUAGGGUUUACAGCGUUUCGAUUGGAUAUAACUUGAUUAUCACACUAAAAUCAUGUUAAAACAAAUAUUGUUUAUGUCUUGUGGCUAAAUUUUCCAAACAGUGAGUAUUUUCAUGUUUACAGAUUUGCCCCAUUGUGCCUCACUUUUUUUAACGGAGGUAUGAGUCAAAAUAAAUUUCCGCGGUACUCAUUAAUAUGCUACAAAUGCUGCCUAUUAAGCUUAACUUGUAUUGAACUUGGAAUAUUUAUUUUAAGCGGUGCAACCGUUUUUGACCAUGCUAAUAUUAAGAAAGAUAUACCGAAAAAUUUCUCAACGAUUGUGUAACUGCUAACAAUGAGGCUUUGUUGUCACCGGUAAAAAUGCAUUUUUAACAUUUUAAAAGGCUAUAUAACAAAUUUAAACAAAUAUUUUAAACUGAAAUACUUAUUUAUAAUAUUACUGUUUUAAUUGUAUUUUUUUUGAUCAAUUAAAUCCUACAUUGAUGAUCAGAUGCAUCGAAACAAAACAAAAGAUUGGUGACUCCAAAGAUUUACAUGGAGGUGUAACUUCAAAGAAGACCAAAGGGAAAUCACUCAAAAUACUUCCAUGACAGAUCCACUUAACCAUAGAAGAAUGGACCACUAUUAAUCACAUGUAACCGCUCAUUGUUGUUUUUCACUAAGGCUUGCUCAUAGAAUACUCUUUUGUAUACUCUGUAUUGGCAUGUUAACCUUUGUAAACCGAGACCUGCUGGGCAGGUGUCUCCGUUCUCUUUAUGUUAAAUGUUCCCUGUCGUUAGCUUUCAGAUUUUAGGUUAUGGUUCUGUCUAUUAUGAGUCCAUUUUGGGAACUGAAAACAAUCUCUUCAACUAUGUUUAUACAAUCAAGCAGAGUGAAAAAAUGGACAGUGUAACUGGAGGUGGUGCCGUUAUUAGUUCACUCCAUACCUGCAUAAAGGUUUUGUCCUUUUAGUGAAACCUGUCAACAACCUCAUGUAUCUAUUAUGUAACACUUUACAUUACUGCAUCUUUUAUUAAAGCAAUAAACAAUACACAAUGUUGUGUUCCAUAUG